CGCGUCCGCCUGGAGGACCGCUUCAACAGCAUGCCAGCCGAGCCUCCUGCGCCUCGCGGUGCUGAGCCCGGCGAGUCGGGCGUGGCGCUCAACAAUUUGGUAACUCUUAUUCGGCAUCCAUCUGAAUUAAUGAAUGUUCCUCUUCACCAGCAACAAAACAAAUGUACGACCUUAGUGAAAAAUAAAACUGCUGCUGCCACUACUGCUUUGCAGUUCACCUACCCGCUGUUUACAAGUGCCUGCUCCACUGGUGGGAAUACCAACCUUGCACAGACACAGAGUUCUAGUAAUUCAUGUUCUAUACUGGAAGCUGCCAAGCACCAGGAUAUUGGACUGCCUAGAGCAUUUUCUUUCUGUUACCAGCAAGAGAUUGAGUCCACCAAACAGACAGGUGGUACUAGAAACAAAGCCUUGCCCGAGCAGGUUUGGAUUAAGGUGGGAGAAGAAGCGCUAUGUAAACAAGCAAUCAAUAAGAGGAAUCGGAGUAGAAUCCGCCAGUUGGACACAAGUGUGGAGCGAAGAGCCCUUGGAGAGAUUCAGAAUGUGGGCGACGGUUCUACAGCUUCACAGGGCACCUGGCAGUCUUCUGAGUCCUCACAGUCAAACCUGGGGGAGCAGACGCAAAGCGGACCCCAGGGAGGAAGGUCUCAGCGUCGGGAGAGGCACAACCGAAUGGAAAGAGAUAGAAGGCGCAGAAUCCGCAUUUGCUGUGAUGAGCUGAAUCUUUUAGUUCCGUUCUGCAAUGCAGAGACAGAUAAAGCAACAACCCUUCAGUGGACCACAGCGUUCCUGAAGUACAUUCAGGAAAGACAUGGGGAUUCUCUUAAAAAGGAAUUUGAGAGCGUGUUUUGCGGUAAGACUGGCAGAAGGCUAAAGCUGACCAGACCCGAAUCCCUGGUGACCUGCCCUGCACAGGGCAGUCUGCAGAGCAGCCCCGCCAUGGAGAUCAAGUGAUUGGACUGACCCAGGACCUAGGAGAGAACUGCCGUUUUUUUUCGGCAUCGUACACAUGCCUGCCAUCCCAGAGCUCAGCUCUGAGUCCUCGAGAGGGAUGUGACUCCAGUUGGUGGGACUCCAGUAAGGACUUUGAGAGCACAUUUUGUGAAAGUAUUAUCUAAACAAAACUUACCCACUAUGUCCGGGUGACCAUUUGAGGAUGAAGACAUCUUGAUAAUUAGUAAUUUUUCAAUUACCUUUCCAACACCAUCAUGUGUUCUUAACAUGAUAACUUAAAAAAAUUAACAUCCUUGGUAAUUUCUUGAGUCUCAAGACUAAAGAAAGCAUUGCCGUUUACUUAUUUUGUUUACAUUUUAAAUAUGCCCCUUUAGCAAUUGGAAGAAGGUAAAUUGUUCUUAACUAGAAGAGGUUUGGAAACUUUAUUUCAUUUGUUCUGUCCCCCCCAAUUCCAGUCUCAUGGUACUCUGUAUUGAAAGAUGCAGUGCCAUUUUAAAACUUUUUGCUAAGAAUUUUCCAGGGACUUCUUUUAAAGCUCCUUUUGCCCAUAAACAUUUUCUCGGUAGAUUACUUCAAUGCCCACAUUUCCAUAUUGUGAGUCAUUGCUUUACGUGUAAUAAACUGCAUGUUUGGAACACA